GCGGCAGCCUGCUCUCCUCGCGGAGUAACGACAAUGUGUGUGUUAGUGGAGAUGGCGAAGGCCAAGAGUUGUCGGGUAUAACAGUUGAUUCUUUUUAGAGCACCCUAGAUGCCAACUCGCUGAUCAUCGAGACGGAAAUUGUGCGCGCUCCGCCCGAACUGGACGAUCUGACCCAUCUCGAGUGACACACAACCAAUCACGAGUCCCAUUCAUAGUCGUUCAUAGAAAUUCAUUUUAGAGACCCUAAUAAAAGUACUUUAAACAUUAGACCGAAGCUUUGUAGUGCAACCUACCCCAAAAAAAAGCGCCACGCAUGCAGCACGCAGAACGCAUGUGCGGAAUGUCAGUCAAGUGGCAGGCUAUUGAUUUUUCCACCACUCACAGUCCAGAGGUAUACACGCACAAAGAGCGCUCUGCGGGAAAGAGAGCAUACACAACUCAUUUGUAGAUACCCAUCGCAGGACAAAGGCAAAGCUCAGGCCAGCACCAGCAGCAGUAGCAGCAGCAGCACCAGCAGCAGUAGCAGGGGAUUUCUUGGAAUUUUUGUACAGGAAUUUUGACAUUAAUAGCAGAGCAGAAUGCAUGCCAGAUUUGCCGAUUCCGAUCCCGCGUCCCCGGACAGCGGUGACCGCAUUGAAACGGAGACCCUGGAGUAUCGCAUCGAGGUGUUCAAACAGAAUCCCAAGAACAUGGCCGCACUGCACGAGAUGCUCGAUGAGGUGGUGCUGCGCGCUGAAACGGAGGCCAACAAGCGGGCUUUCGAUGGCCAGAAAUCGCAACAGGGCAAGGAGAAGCGUCCGAAUUUUAAGAACGGCAAGGUGGUGAAUCGUGCUCGAGGAUUUGUGGUGCGCAUCUUCGAUGCCAUCUGCAAUUGCGCCAACACCAAUGCGGCCGCAGCCACGACGCGCUUCAAGCUGAGAAGCAACAGCGGUGGAGCAGCAGGAGCAGCGGGAGGAGGAGCUUCGUCUGGUAAUGGUAAGCGCCAGCAAUCCCAGGACGAACCGGAGACCCUGGCCCUAACCAAGAAGAAGCCUUCGGCCGAGGGCAAAAAGAAGAAGGGCGUCAGCAUGGCCGAUGAUGUCCAGGCGGGCGUACGACUAAUGGACUAGGCAAGCAAUAAUCCAAUCUUGGAAUACAUAUAAUCAAAAGGAGUGGGCCAGUUCUGUAUCCCCAAAGAGCGAACCCUUCAUAAGGGAUAUCAAUUAUGUAUCAUCCUGAUCACAGUCCUCCCCCAACUUUACACCAAAUAUCGUUUAUACACUUACAUAUACAUAUAUACUCUUUCUAAUGGGCUAUUCCCAAAUGAUUUCCUUUGCUCAAAAUCGACAAACGCACAACAACAAUUUGAUACUGUCUUCCCCCUGAAGACCAAAGUCGUAGAAUCGUAUAAGAUGUAGUGGGAAGCUUUAGCUUUCUUUUAUUUUUGUUAUCAUUUCGUAAACCCAAAUGUGAUCCCAAAGAUACAAAACCACACGAUGAGCACAAGCAAUGUUUUAGGGAGUAAGGGAAGACAAGGUCUAUAUAGUCUACAUAUAUGGUCGGGUCUCUACGCCCUCUUAACUCUCGAAACGAUAACGUUCUCGUUCUCCCACGCACAACACAAUCAAAUGUAGGCAUGGCAUUGCAUUGCAUUGCAUAAUACAAGUAAUAAUAAUAGCGAAAGUAUCAGAUCAGAAGAGAAAAAACACUACAAUGUCAGGUUUAACAACAGGUCUCUGUCAGCACUCCACCUAAUUAUAACUGUACUGUAGGAUAAGUACGAGUAUAUUAAAUUAUAUACCAAUAUACUAUACCUAUUUAGAGUGUGUUUACGUGUGUUUUUGUUUGGUUUUUGUAGCAAAAAAAACCCAAACC